AUGGAUGCAUCGGGUGUUAGAAUACAAGUUUUGAUAUGUGCUGACCAUACACCUAAAUGGAAAGAACGGAUUCAGGAGAACAUGACAUGCAUAAUCAACAACGACACGGUUUAUGAUAAUGAUUUUCAAUGGAAGCUUUGUGAUCAUCCCAAGAAAUUCGUGUUCCUGGGUGGUACUACUUUGAAAGCUGUUGAUGUUCAAAACAUUCCUCUAACAAAGUAUUGUUUCAAAGAUUUUGUUAAUGUCCUUAGCAAGUAUUUACUUUACUUUGGUAACUAUUUCGUAUACAUUAUUGGGGUUGUGCAUGAGAUUAACAAUUUCCAAUGUAACACACCUGGGAAAAAGACUUGUGUGUUUCUCAAUCUGAAAGACCUAAGUGGUAAAAUUAUUAAGUGCACUUUGUGGGAAAGCUAUGGAACUAUAUUUUUGGAUUACUACAACUAUGCCAAAAACAGUGGUGCUAUUGUCAUUAUUCUCACCCGUGCAAUGAUCAAGGAUUCAAAAGUUUCAAAUGGAUGGAGUGGUUCUAAGUUGCUAAUUAACGAGGAAACUCCAGAGAGUACAACCGAUUUGUCUAAGUUACCUCCUGAUGAGCAGACUAAAAAUCCAACUCAGUCAUCAAAGUCUAUGUCUAUUUAG